AUGAACGAAAAGCGCGGGAAUUUCCCCGGCCUAUCUCUUCCUUCCCGAAAACACUCCGGCGAAUCAGGACAUAUUCCGACUAGAAUCAAGAAUUUCUUCCGCAUCAACAGUUCGAGCAGCAGUCAUUCCACCCACGCCUCCAGCCCCACGGGCACAGACGGCCAGCGCGAGAAAGAGAACCAAGUGGCCCCUGUUCUUGCCAAGAACGAGAAGUCCACAUUUCGGCAGUCCCGAUUCUUACCCGGCAUCGGUCGCAAUCGCUCAACCACUGUUGCUAGCGAAGGAAAUCCCCUCGAUGAUGGAGUUUCGCCUACUGCUACAGCCAAUCCGUACUUUGCCCAUCAGGGACAGCCUGCAUUGAGGCACCGGAAUGAUGGGUCUGUGCCUUCGUCCCCUCCCGAUACCCCCGAGUUGCAGGUCACAGGGGUCUCUGCGGUAGAGCAGGCUACAACGGCCAACAAGGAGGAAUUAGCGCGCAAGCUGCGUCGCGUGGCUUCGGCCCCGAAUGCACAAGGUCUGUUUAACGAGGGACAGGGCGAUCGGCCGCAGACUGCUCAAAUGGGCAAAGAACCUUUAGCCGAGACCACAGGUCCCGAUGGUACUGUUGGUCUGGCGGGCUCCGACAAUCACAAGGAUGGAGCUCUCGCCAUUCCCAUCAUCGGCGCGGAUGGGAAAUAUUCCAGUGCCGACAAUGGUGGAUUCCGCCGCACCUACAGCUCAAAUUCCAUAAAGAUUCGCAAUGUGGAAGUUGGGCCCGCUAGUUUUGAUAAGAUCAAGUUGAUUGGCAAAGGUGAUGUGGGGAAGGUCUACUUGGUCCGCGAGAAGAAGUCCAGUCGCCUCUAUGCUAUGAAAGGUAACCAUCACUCUGUUACUUCUGUCCUCAACCAACACUGA